AUGUCCAACCCGUCCAUCUUGGACCGUAUAUCCAGCCCUACAUUGCGAUCCCCUAUACUGGCCGCCUUUCGCAGUCCUCCAGCGCGAUCGCCGACGGAAUAUCAACUCCACGAGCUAGAGCCGAAACCAGAAUACCCCGAGAUGUCGCGAGACUACACUCACGACAAUUCGCGCCAUCUUGGGCAGUCCUUCAGGGACAAGUCGGCAGAUGGCUGGAGCCACGAUGCGCCGAGUUCGGCAGGCUCCUCUUCGGCGCCUAAACGACGAGCAAUGUUCCAUGGACCACCCCCUCCUAUUUCUGGCUCGAUCAUGAAAAGCAGUCGAUCAAAAGGGAGCUCCGAUGGUGGCCGAUCUCAAGGCAUAGUCGCCGCCAGUACAGCCCAGUUGGGCAGCCUUCUAUUUCAACCGCCUCGCCAACAGAGCCAAAUACGACCAGACUCGGCAUGGCGUGCUUUUGGUCGCCGGGAACGAGCCAUCGAAUUACCAGACGACGGGGACGACUACAGUGGCACUGGUAGCAGCACGCCCACAGGAACCUUUUACUCAACAGCAACAUCAAAGUCGAGAAUGCUCAACUCGCUGCACGUGCCGGCACGGGCCAAUAGGGACGGCAAUGUCAUUCCAGUACGACAACCGACUGGCGGUAAACCCCUCGGCCUCAGAUCUGCCAGAGCCGGCCUUCGCAAAGCCAUGGCAGCACUGGUAGAGCUCAAGCAAGAAGAGGAUGCGUAUGUCGAUGCAGCACUAUCAGAACGAAAAAAGGCUCUCGUCCAUCUCUCACGAUUAUCAGUGAAACGGAAUGGCGUCAACACCGAGCUCCACGAACUUGAAGAGGACGAGGAUGAACCUCUGGGCAAAGAGAUUCGAGAGCUUGGAUCGAAAUAUAAAUCUCUGACACAGGAAAUUAGGCAGAUGGAAGAAAAACUCAUGACGAUGCGAAAUCAGCGCAAAUUUGUCAGAGAAAAGUUGGAGGAUGUUCAAAAUCGACGUGAUGCGGGCCUAAGUGGUUAUCGAGGUGCGCUCAAGGAUAUUGACGCCGAGCUUCAAUCAAUAAUGAUGCACCCGACCAUCCAGCCACUCGACCCGGAAGUUUUCUCUUCGUCCAGCCUUGCCGGACACGAUGCUAGAAACUCCGGUGGCAUGGAAUUCCUAGGCCUCAUUCCCGAACGACGAACUCCGGCUAUGGCCAAAUCCUGGUGGGAGAAUGAGCUUGAUGUACUCGACAAGCGCAGACGACAAAUCAGUAAAGAAAGGCAGGCUUUAGAAGAAGGCAGUGCCGUAUGGCGUGAGGUGACAACCCUUGUCACGAGCUUCGAAUCGAGCCUGCGGCAUCUCAUGAAAACUGGUGUGCCGCAGGCCUCUCCAUCAGCCAAAGGCAAAGAAAAGGUGCCUACACAAGAGAGCCUCGUUAAAGAUCAGCUGGUAAAGAUGGACGAUGUUGUCACACAGCUGGAAGGGUGUCUGGAUCAGGCCGAGUCCGAGGGCUGGAACUUGCUCGUAUGCGCCGUUGGAGCGGAGCUGGAAGCAUUUCGCGAAGCUCAGGAUAUGCUCAAGAGCUUUGUGGACGGUGAUGCUCCGUCGGAACCUGAUGCAUCCCAGAACAAGGAAAGCCUAGAAUCGCGGCAGGCAAGCCAGGCCACAGAUGAGAGUGACAAUGAAGUUCCAUCGGACCUACUUUUGUCGACCUCGGAGGCGUCUAAUAAAGAACAAGAUGGACCGCAAGACGAGGGCACUACCACGGUCGAUUUUAGAAGAGCUGAUAGCGAGAAUGACGUACCGCCCGAAUUCUUGGCCGAGCUGGAGAAGGAGGAAUAG